AUCCAGAUAUAUAUAGAUAGAUAGCUUUCUUGUUAGCCUCGAAUCGCGAUCCAGUAGCUCAUCAGCUGAUUCACAAGUGCAAGCAUUUGAUGAAGAGGUUUGCAGUUCAGGAGAGCGAGAUGGCGCGCAUGCUGGUGCUCAUGUCGCGCUCGCACGGUCAGGACCAGGCGCUGCCACUGUCGGCCUGCCUCGCCGGCGGCCAGCGCGGCGAGGACCGGCAGGCGCCGGAGCGGGUGUUCGUGUGCAAGACGUGCAACCGCGUGUUCCCGUCGUUCCAGGCGCUGGGCGGCCACCGCGCCAGCCACAAGAAGCCGCGGCUGGACGGGGACGGCGCCGGCGACCCCUCGCUCGCCAAGCCCAAGCUGCACGGCUGCUCCGUCUGCGGCCUCGAGUUCGCCAUCGGCCAGGCCCUUGGCGGCCACAUGAGGCGCCACCGCGCCAUGACGGGCGGCGUGCCGGCGGUGCCGCCCGCGACGACGAGGAUCGUCGUCGACGAGAAGCCGGACGGCGACGUCGUCGGCAUCAUCCGCCACGACCACGGCGGCGUCAAGCAGCCCGGCGGCGGGCUGUGGCUCGACCUCAACUACCCGCCGUGCGACGACGGCCGCGACGCGGUGGAGGCGGAGUGUGGCCGCAAUGCCGCCGCCGCCACGGGGAUCACGUUCCAUCAGUUCCUCGACACUGCCACCAUGGCCGUCGACUGCCUUGGCUACUAGAUAGAUAGAUAUAUACCACCAAGCUCCAUGAUUCUUCUCCCCUGCCGCGUACUACUGGUGCACCGGUCUCUUCUUCUUCUUCUUUCUUUUCUUUUCUUUUCUGGAAUCUUCUUCCUCAUUUGCUUCUGGGCGGAGGGGGAGAAAUCCACAUUUUGUAGCAGUAGUAGAAUGAAGGUGCCUAAUGCAUGCAUGGGCUUGGCUGAUGUGCAUGAAGGUUUUGGGAUGUCUUUGAGCUGCUCGGUGGAUAAUCUGGAGGAUUGAUUCCACCAAAGCUAGCUUAUUUUGCCUUGGGUUUCAUGUUAUUAUGGAUAAAAACCCUUUGGUCAAAA